AUGAAAGAGAUAAGAAUGGUUACAUUGUCACUUAGGUUUAUUUGGGUUAGUAUUGGGUUGGUGAUGGGGUUAGCCAGUGGACAUAUGGAGUGUGCCCAGAUUCAAGAGAUCAUCAAUUACGACAAGUCUAAGAGCCUGAUAUCGCAAAUAUACUUUAUGCGGGCGGACAAGGCUAUGUUAAAGCAAGAAAUCGGGCCGGAUGGGAUAAAAGCUAAACAGAUCACUCUGAUUUGGCUACAACUCUUAUCGAGUGACCUUAAACGAGAGGAGGCCGCUGAAAUUGAAGGAAGGUUUAAUGACAUACUGGGAAUAAAAACAACCACCCGACUGACAGGAAUCGUGGUAGAAUGGGUUAAGAGGUUGUACAAUAGUGAGCCAAUUAUGGAAAGGUACAACUGUCUCUUCCAAAAGAUCGGCGUAUGUGCCAGAGACUCGUUUUUGCUCCUAUUGAACCCAAUAAACCACUACCCAUCAAGGAAACCGAACGCCAACCCACAAAGCGCAUUGCAACUCGUCCAAAGCUUACUCAAUGAGAACCAGUGCAAGUUCGUAGAAUUCUACUGGGCGUUAGAUCGUGGCGGUAUGUAUCAGAAGAUCAAAAUAACCAUAACAUACGCCUAUCACACCCCCUAUCAAAAUGUCAAACUGGCUAGCUUAGUGCUGCUGGAGAAUAAUAUAACCAAAGCCAAUCUCACCAUAGUUGGUCGAGGGUCUGAGAGCAUAUCAAUGAAGAACCCGUUGGAAAAUCUGAUACUGUACACACCGCACACGCAAAUACAAUCAAUAGCGGUGGAUGGCUUUAUUCUUGUCAAUAGUCUCGAUGUCUGGGCAAGCAGGUGGAGAACGAGUUUGUGCCAAAUCUUUAAGACGUCCAAGCUAUCACUAAAACUGAGCCGGCUUAGGGUGGGCAUUAAGAAGAAAGAGAUAUUCGGAAAGGGCGAUGGGUGGUUGGUAGUGGAUGUUAAGAUACAGUUUAUGCAGAUCCAGCAAAUCAUAGUGUAUGACUUCGAAGGGGGCUUUGAAUCAGAGUUGUUGCGCUACAAGUGCCUUAUUCUGCCGACGGUUGCUCAUCUGGUCAUGAUUACAGGGUUCAGGCUGCCCAAGACCCGGGUGGGGCUGAUGUGGAUCGGCAGCAGCGACCAAAGUUUAGAUUUUAGGGCGUGUAUGCCAUCUGCCCGAACUUACUUCAAGAUAAUUUAUUGGGAUGAGGGUGGAAUUUGGGUCAAUGAGAUGAUAAACAGGCUGAUUACCUAUGGAAGUAUGAUUAAUAAGGAGUUAACUGGUGAGAUUAAACAAAUGCUGAAAGGGGCCAAAGAACUAGGCAAACUUGAUAUUGGAUAUCACGGAGUCAAGGUCAUGCUUAAGAGCCACCAGUCUUUCCCGGCGUGCGUAUCGGCUCUUCAAUGCUACUACAAGGUUAUUACAGAACUGUUGCAGAAUAUAGUGUCUAGUCUCGUCGACUUGAAAAUUAAGCCACCCAACCGGCCGAAGCUCUUGCAAAUCUUGGUCAAGGUUGCGUGUGCGGGACAGAUAAUUUCCAACUUCCUCUUUUACGCCAGUAUAGAGAACGAGAUUGUCGUCGACACCAAGGAAUGGGAUCAGAGCCUCUACGAAUACAACCAAUUGCUUAUUCAGCUGAAUGAGAAAGCAAAGGCAUUUGAGCUGUCUAGAGUUUGA